AUAAAAAUAUAAAACAUGUUGAAAUUAUAUAGAAAUAAAUACAGAAAGUUCUUGCUUAGCAAAAAUAUUAAAAGUGUAUCAACAUGGACGCCGCUUGCAACAACUUUCAACUCGCCACCAUAUAAGAAAAUUAAUUUUGCACGUUCCGAAGCAGGUUUAUUUGGUAUACCAGAACUUAAAACACCUGAAGGUUUUUACUUACUUAAGGAUAAUGUAGCAAAUAAGACCAAUGAUCUUGUAGAGGAAGCAACGUCUGAAAAACGUAAUAGGAAAAUGGUUGAAAUAUUUGACGAGUUGUCAGAUUCACUUUGUAAAGUCGCAGACUUGGCAGAAUUUAUACGCAUUGCGCAUCCACAAAGUCAAUACAUGCAAGCAGCCGAAGAUGCUUGUAUAAGCAUUAGUGGAAUUGUGGAAAGUCUAAAUACACAUAAACCAUUAUAUCAGGCAUUAAGUAAUGUGGUUGAGAAAGGUGAUUUUAUACCCACAACUGAGAUUGACAAACACGUCUCUAAAUUAUUUAUGUUCGAUUUUGAACAAUGCGGUAUACAUUUGCCUGAGGAGGAGCGGCAAAGAGUGGUACGUCUCAACGAUUACAUUUUACAAUUAGGACAGAAAUUUAUGAAUGGUGCUGUACAACCUACGUCCAUAAAUAAAUCUGAAGUGGAAGAUUAUAUACGAUCAUGCUUUCCAACAGAAGGCGAAAAUUUAGUUGUAUCUGGUUUAUACACUAAUUCUUCUAGUGCUCAAGCUCGAGAAGCGGCUUAUCGUUUAUAUUUAUAUCCUUCCGAUAGUCAAGAACAAUUUUUGUCAGAUCUUCUUAAGUGUCGUUAUGCUUUGGCACGUACUUGUGGUUUUGAAACUUAUGCACAUCGAGCACUUAAUUCGAGCACUGUGGAACAUCCGAGUAUGGUGAAAGAAUUCAUUGACAAACUGACAGAAGAACUACGACCUCUAGCUGAAGCUGAUUUCAGUGUUAUGAAAGAUAUGAAGAAAAAGGAGAGCAACGACCCAAAUGCUACACUUUCGGCAUGGGAUACACAUUAUUUUACGUCGCAAAUGAGACGUAAAUAUUUAAAUGCUAACACUAACGAGUUUCUGCCAUACUUUAGUCUUGGCGGUUGUAUGGAAGGGUUAGAUAAUUUAAUGCAGUCACUGUUUGGAAUAACAUUAAAAAACGUGGAAAUGGAACCAGGCGAAAUAUGGCAUAAUGAUAUUUAUAAAUUAGCUGUUAUGCAUGAGUCAGAAGGACUACUGGGUUAUAUAUAUUGUGAUUUUUUCGAACGGAAUGGAAAACCUAAUCAGGAUUGCCAUUUCACUAUCCAAGGUGGAAAACGUUUACCGGACGGUAAUUAUCAAUUACCAAUAGUGGUUGUAAUGUUAAAUCUUUCACAACCACGUUGGACGGGACCAACAUUGCUGCCACCUUCAAAAGUAGAUAAUCUCUUUCAUGAAAUGGGUCAUGCAAUGCAUUCAAUGUUAGCGCGUACAGAAUAUCAACAUAUAACCGGUACACGUUGUAGUACAGACUUUGCGGAGGUACCAUCGGUACUAAUGGAAUAUUUCGCGAGUGAUCCACGUGUAUUGCGUACAUUUGCACGACACUUUCAAACACAUAAGCCAAUGUCAGAAGAUAUGCUUUAUCGGUUGUGUGCAUCCAAGAAUUUCUUUUCUGCCAGUGAAACACAACUUCAGGUAUUCUACUCUGCACUGGAUCAAGUAUACCAUGCUGACUAUCCCAAGCAUGGAAAAAAUACGACUGAAAUUCUAAAAGAAGUGCAAAAUAACUAUUAUAGUCUUCCUUACGUCGAAAACACGGCAUGGCAGUUGAGGUUUUCACAUUUAGUUGGUUACGGCGCAAAAUACUAUUCGUAUUUAAUAUCAAAAACAAUUUCUUCGUGGAUAUGGCAGACAUACUUUGAUAAAAAUCCAUUUAAUCGUGAAGCUGGCGAAAAGUACAGACGUGAUAUCUUAGCGCAUGGUGGUGGCAUUCCCAGUCGUCAGUUGGUAUCAAACUUUUUAAAACGUGAUGCAACUCCACAAGCUUUAACACAAACUUUAAUCAAUGAAAUUUAUUUAAAUAACGAAAAAAUCAAAGACACAACAGAAACAAAAUUAGCAAAGAAUUUGUAGGUUAUUUUUAACUGACAAAUAUACUAAAUCCCCUAUUUAAAGAAAAAAAAAAACACUGCUAUUUUUAUAUU